AUGAAGAUCAACAACUCCAACUCCCUGCUCAUCAGGAGGUGCCCCAGGUCCGUGGGGCCAACCAUCCUGCACCCCCUGUGUGUGAGGUACCCCCCUUCCACCAGGUACAGAAGGUGCUUUCUGACCCAACUCAUCAAAAAGCACGAAUCCACGGCAGCAGAGCCCCUGGACGAGCUGUACGAGGCACUGGCAGGUGUUUUAUGUGAGGAGGAAUCUACUCACUGCUACAAAAACUACUUGUUGCCCGGGGGAGCGUGUGUGACCCUCGUGGAGAGCCUGGCCAUGAUCUCUGGGGGCACCACGGGGCUGGUCACCUGGGAUGCAGCUCUUCACCUCGCCGGGUGGGCCAUGGAGCACAGGGAGCUCUUCAGUGACAGGACAGUCUUGGAAUUAGGAAGUGGGAUUGGCUUCACUGGAAUUGCCAUCUGUAAAACCUGCAGUCCCAGGACAUACAUCUUCAGUGACUGUCACCCCUGGGUGCUCAAGCAGCUGAGAGAAAACAUCCAUUUGAAUGGCUUGGUCUUGGAGCCUGAAGCUUCUGGUCACAGCCCAGUUGAGCUCCAGGGCCUGGAGGCAGGAGCAGCCAACAACCAGAAACCACAAGUAGUUGUUGCAGAGCUUGACUGGGGCUCAGUGACAGAAAAACAGCUGGUGGGUCUUCAGCCUGACGUCGUCAUUGCAGCAGAUGUGGUGUAUGACCCAGAGGUAACCUCAGCCCUCAUUGCCAUGCUACAAAAGCUCCCUCCUUCCCAAGCAGCCAGAACUCCUGAGGUCUAUGUUGCCUUCACCAUUCGGAACCAGGACACGUAUCUCCUCUUCCAGGCUCAACUUGACAAGGCCGGGAUUGGAUGGCAGAUCAUUCCAGCCCACAGCAACACUGGUGCUCUCUAUGAUGUGCAGCCAAACGUAACUAUUCUACAGCUGUUUAUAUAG